AUGGAUGAAUCCCAAAUAAAAGAUGAAGCCCUCCAAUCUGUCAAGGCAUCUGAAUCUGCAUUUGUAAACCGUGCAACUGUGUUGGAACUAUUGAACAAGUUGAGGGCAUCAUGUAAUCUUCCGCCACUUUCAUCUUCAUGCUCUGAUGAUGACAGACUCGCACAACAUAUGCUGCAGUUAGCAACUCAAGAGAACUCUCUGAAAACUGAGAUUAAGGAGAGCAAUCUCGACAAAAGUCGAGCCGUGUGGGUUCCAGUUUCUGACACUGAUCUUGAAGACUUUCCUCGUCUCACUGAGGACAUACUACGGACCCUCACAUGUGGUGUCUAUCAGUUGAAGCUUUGCCAUGGAUACAUUCAAGAACACCUUGAGGGCGAUGAAGACAUUCGUGUACAUAAAGAAAGAAUGUGUGAAAACCCGUCCGACUGUCCAGCCAGCGUGCUUUGUGGUCAGAACGGCGAGUGCCAGUGUGAGCCGGCAGCUGAGUUUUUCGGUGGAACCUGUGCGGGAGCCGCAAAUUCCCCGUGCGCCGGGGACAUUAACGCCAUAUGUGUUACCGGCGUGUGCGUGUGCAAACAGGACACGAGCCCCUUCAACGGAUUCUGUGUCUCUGAUGAGAGGCUGAACGGACUGUGUGUGAGCGAUGGUAUGCCGUGUGAAAACGACAAAAACGCCGUGUGCACGGCGGGAAUAUGCAUCUGUGGCGCGAACACCACCCCGUUCGAAGGGUUCUGCAUCAGAGACGGUUUUCUGAACGGUGCGUGUAAUUCGGCUGACGGCACUUUCUGCACGGGGGAUAAGAACGCCUUGUGUAUGAACGGGAGAUGCACAUGCGACGACCCCGCAAAGCCCUUCAACGGCAUGUGCUUUCUCGAUGAAACGCUGGGCGGGCAGUGUACGGGUGCGAACGGUACUCCCUGUGACGCCGACAUAAACGCCGUGUGUAUGGGCGGCAUGUGCAUGUGCGCUGCUGGAUUCAGGGGCUUCCAGGGCGUCUGUGUCAGUGACGGGACACUGAACGGAUUCUGUGCUGUUGACGGCAUGGAGUGUGUGGGCGAUCAAAACGCCGUAUGUGACGAAAACGUAUGCGUGUGUAAGCCUGGGUUCAACCCAUACCAGGGCGCGUGCGUGCAAGAUGAGACGCUGAACGGCCAAUGCGCCAUACCCGGGGCCCUUUGCGAAGUGGACAUAAACGCGAUGUGCUUGAACGGCAUGUGCAUUUGUACCGGAGGGUCUGUCCCCCUAAACGGCAUGUGUAUCAGAGACGGCACAUUAAACGGGCUUUGCACUGGCGCAAACGGCACGAUAUGUUCCGGCGACAUGAACGCCGUGUGCAUGGGCGGCAUGUGUAUGUGUGCACCAGAUACUUCUCCCCGCAAUGGUGCUUGCGUUAAAGACGGGACAGUGCGUGGCCGCUGCAGCGGCGCGGACGGGACGCCUUGCAAUGUGGACAUGAACGCCGUUUGUAUGGAUGGAUCUUGCCGCUGUCCUGGGGGAUUCGGUGUCGUAAACGGCGUCUGUAUGAGAAGUGAGAGUCUAGGUGGGAAGUGUUCCGGCGCGGAAGGCUCAAUGUGCACGGGAUUCUCGGGCGCUGUUUGCAUGGGUGGAGUGUGCAGGUGCCCCGGAAAUACAAUUUCCAUGUGCAAACCUGAAGAAAUGUGUAUGGUGGACAGCGAUUGCCCAACAAUGGCGACGUGUGUGUCCGGAAUGUGCAUGUGUCCGCCUGGGUUUUCACUCGUCCACAACACGUGCAAAAAAGUGGGCAAAUAUGGCGGUGAGUGUUUUAACGGAAGGUGCGCGGGAAGAGAUGUCGUCUGCAACCAAACUUCCCGUAUAUGCGUCUGCAAGUCCGGCUCCGUCGGUGUGAAUGGACGAUGCACUAAAGUGGGCAGAUAUGGCAGUGAGUGUUUGAAUGGUAGGUGCGAGGGAAGGGGUGUCGUCUGCAACAGAACUUCCGGUAUGUGCGUCUGUAAGUCCGGCUGUGUCAGUGUGAACGGACGCUGCAUGACUAAAGGUGAACGGCGUCGCCCGUAUUAGAAUGUGCACUAUUCGUUCCUGGGCCAUGCGUGCUUUGACACCCUGAACCACCCUCGAUUGCACUGCGAUAUUAAAAUGUACAGAAUGUCCUGAUUGCGACCAUAGAUGGCG